CGUUUAUCAUCCCUACCCGCAACAAACCGAACGGCCGCGCGAACGAUAUCAAGAAGGCAAAUCAGUCUGUGGAAAGCCGAGAGCGGAUAUUUCUACGAAGGGAAUUAGGAUCUAAGGUUACUUAAUGGUACUACUGGACGUCUAGAAGACCUUCUCGAAUCUCAGAUCUCAGUGACAUAGCGUGACAGCGCUCUUGCGCUGCGCAAACAUCAAUCGCCAGCAAGAUGGUGAAAGGUGCCGUAGGACCGGGAGUGUAUAGCGCAACAUACAGUAACAUUCCGGUGUAUGAGUUCCAAUUCGGUGUCGAUCUGAAAGAGCAUGUUAUGCGCCGGAGGCACGACGACUGGAUCAAUGCGACGCACAUCUUGAAAGCCGCUGGAUUUGAUAAGCCUGCCAGAACGAGAAUCCUGGAGCGCGAGGUUCAGAAAGAGUUGCACGAAAAAGUUCAAGGUGGCUACGGAAAGUACCAAGGAACAUGGGUGCCUCUCGAAAAGGGCGAAGAACUGGCGCAUCGCAACGGUAUUUAUGAGAAGUUGCGCACAAUCUUUGAAUUCGUUCCUGGCAACGAUAGCCCUCCUCCAGCACCAAAGCAUACGACGAACAAGCCGAAAGCGCCCAAGAAGCCUGCAGUGCCUAAGUUCCACAGCACACCCGCACCAGCUCGGAUAGAGGAAGAUCAGUAUGACAAUAUCAGCGCGCAACUCAACGACGAUGAGACGCCAGACGAUGCCACUGUGGCUUCGGCGUCGUUUAUGGGCGAGGAUGAUCGCUAUGAUCUCUCUGCUCCUUCUACCGCUCACCGAAAGCGAAAGCGCGAUGAGGCGACUGUGAGCCUGUCCGACCAAUACCACAUGGCUUACUCGGACGAGCUUCUGGACUACUUUAUGCUCGCCCAAGCCAGCGAACCUGCCUCGCGUCCCGAGCCGCCACCAAACUUUCAACCCGACUGGCUUAUCGACUCGGAUGGUCACACUGCACUCCAUUGGGCCAGUGCCAUGGGAGACAUUGACGUGAUGAAACAGCUCAAGCGCUUCGGUGCCAAUCUCUCGUGCAGGAAUAUCCGCGGCGAAACCCCUCUCAUGCGCUCCGUCCUUUUCACAAACUGCCUCGACAAGCAAUCCAUGCCCCGCGUUGUCCAGGAGUUGAUCUCGACAAUUGACUGCGUGGAUGCCCACGGCGCAACCGCGAUUCACCACGCUGUCGCCUUGACCCACUCCCGCACUAAACUCCACUGCGCUAGAUACUACCUUGACGUGGUGCUCAACAAGCUCUCCGAGACAACCGAGCAGGAUGAGGUUCGCCGCCUCCUCGACAUCCAGGACUCGAACGGCGACACAGCAUGUCACAUCUCCGCGACUAACAAGGCCCGAAAAUGCGUACGGGCUCUCAUCGGCCGCGGAGCCAGCACCGACAUCCCAAAUAAUGCAGGCGUACGCGCGGACGAGCUGAUCCAGGAGCUAAACAACACUCGUCGCGAACGCAACCUUGCCGCAUCCUCGUCCCCAUUUGCGCCAGACUCGCAACGCCAGAUGACGUCGUUCCAUGACAUCAACAUUUCGCAAUCGACUCCUAACGCCAGCCAACACCUCAGUUCAGCGCUGGCUUCGCGGAAAGAGGCGCAUCACAGCGAAGCGGCGCAAUCUGUCUCGACGAAACUGAUGCCUCUCAUGGCGGAGAAAUUCAUGGACCUAGCGCGCAGUUUUGAUGAGGAGCUGCUCGACCGGGAGAACAGCGAGAGGGAGGCUAAGCGGAUCCUGCAGAGCUCACAGGUGGAGCUCGCGACGAUCCAGCGGCAAAUCCACGAGCUGGGGAAUGUGGAGGAGGAUGACAGUGCGGUUCAGAAUGAGGUGAACCAGCUGGCGCAUGCGCAGCAGCGAGUAGUAAGUCUUGUAGAACAGCAGCAGGCGAUUAUGCUUGGUGCGGGGGCGGCGCAGGAGGAGAGCAUGGCGAAUGGAAAUGGGCAUGAGGAAGGUGGGGUGGAGGGUUUAGCGGAGCUUCUGAGGGCGCUGUUGGAGGAGCAGGGGAGGAGACAGGGGUUAGUAACUGAGUAUGCGGGCGCGAUGGCUGAUGUGGGGAUGGGGGAGAAGGGAGGGAUGUAUAGGAAGCUUACAGCUAAGUGUUUAGGACUUAGCGAGGAAGAGGUGGAUGAACGACUGGAUGGGCUUCUCGGUGUGUUGGAAGAGGAUGGGGGUGCCGAGGGAUAAAGAAACGAGAGCCGAACGAGGUUGGAGUAGGUAGUAGUCUGUUUGGGUAUUUCGGGUUUCCUCGACGGAUCGAAUCACCGCCGGGUUGUUGGAUUAAAGGAGUCAUGGGCGCCACAUGAUGGUAUGGAGUUCUCUGGUUGUUUUGUUUGAUUGGUGGCUAUCUGGAUUAUAACGAUGAUAUGCCCGGCGGUUGACGACCUUUUGAAAGGUUAUAUUUGAAUACGUUCGUCAGUAUCGCAAACGAAAAGGUUCA